CGUUUGCCAAAACAUGUGGGGUCAUAUAUUACGUGAGCAAAUAUGGAAAGCAAUGAAAUUUCCAUGUUGUUGGAUUUUCAAACAAUAUUUAAUUAAAAAUGAGGAUCGAAUCACUUGCAAAGGUUUAUGUAAACAAUGUAAUGCAUUGAUAACUGUUGUAAUUUCCUGGCCUGUCGAUAAAAUUGCUCACUGUGCGUGUAAUGUGAUGAAUCUCAAUACAUUGUUUAUUCAUGUUGCUGACAAAAAGAUUAAAUUAUCUCCAGCAAAACGGGUUGAAAUGUCAGAUGAACUAAAAAAUAAAUCAGCAAUCACAUAUCGAAACCAAUUAGCUAAUCAACUCAUGAAUGCUGAUGACAAUGAACCACCACAUAUGCCAACUGUUGGAUGUUUGAGGCAAAUUAAAUUUGAAAAAAAAACAAAGUUCAUAUUAUAAUAGAAAUCAAAUACUAUCUUUGUGGAUAAUGACUCGUGUUUCACCAUACAAAGAAACUAUAAAGCAAAUCUUCUAUCUUUGUACCCUUAUCUUUGUACCCUUUUUUGUUAUUUAUUGAACCCACUUACAAGAAGCUUGCUGUAAAAAAAUCAAGAAACUUGAUAA